AUGAAGCACCUCCCCGACGAAAUCAUCCUCUCCAUCAUCUCUUGUAAGUCCGAGCUGCAGCCCACCACUCGCCCCCACCUAACACCAACCCCAGAUCUCGAGCCCUCCGAGCUCGUCAACCUCCAACACGUCUCGCGCCAGUUCCUCGCUCUCUCGCGCGACAACAAUCUCUGGAAAACACUGUGUUUCUCGCACUCGGUCGCGGAACGACGCCGCCGCCGUCUGGAAGUAGCUGCCGACAUCGAUCCCCGCCUCGCUGAGCUCAUCACCGCCGCGAACAACAUCUCCAACGCGUUUGAUACCAGCGUGCACAACCCGUUUGCCCCGAGCGCCGAGGCGCAGCUCGAGAGGAAUAAGGAGAAGAGGUGGGAGGCGCUGAGGACGAAUUGGGACCCGAGUUAUCCGGGGGAGAAGGUCGAUUGGUAUCGCGACUUUGUGGAGAGACACGCGCCGCAGAGGAUUGGCUGGUUCCAGGAUGUGGGGAAUGAAAGAGGGGAGGAAGAGGAGGAUGUGAGGCGCGAAGCCACGGGUGCGGGCGUGUUGUUUGAUAGCGAGGGGCUGGCGGAUAAGCUGGUUGCGCCGAUGGGCGAUGGGAGUAUUUGCGUGUGGGAUGCAAGAGCGAGUAGUGAGCGGCAAGGGAAGAUUUUGGCGAAGACGGACAUUGGGGUGUUGGCGGAUAGAGGGGCGGACUUGGAUUACGAGACGAGGCAAAGACAGAGUCACGCGAUUAUGACGGAGACGGGGGCGGUGGAGUGUGUGAGCAUUGAUAGCACGUUGAAGAAGGGCUUCUUUGCGGUUAUGAAUGUGCUGAAUGAGGUGGAUUUAAAUACGCUGCAGGUGGUGGCCAGGACGCCGUAUCCGUUUCCGAUUACUGCGCUGUCAGAAGCGCAUCACCGCACGCCGUUGACUGUAGGGACGAAUUGGACGUUGCAUCUACACGAUACGAGAAAGGCCCCUCCCGCACCAUCAUCAACGCGAUGUGAACUAAUCGGCGGCUCAACGUCCCCAUCCUUCUCGCGCCUCGAAACCGGCGACUUCGGCGGCCACGUCUCCCUCUCCCAGCCUGGCGCCCUCUCCAUCCUCCACCUCCCCACCGCCCGCGACUGGGAUGGCAACGGCGACAUCUGGGUUGGCGGGCGCUUCACCAGCCUGCUGAACUUCGACCGGCGCUUCUUCCCACGCCUGCGCGGUACCGUACACUCCGGUGCCCGCCUGUCCUGCCUAGCAUCCAUCCCGCUCCCCUUCAUACCCCAAAGCCUGCGCGUCGGCUACCCACCCAACUACCUCCGCGACGCCAAACUCACGCCCGGCCACACGCUCAUCGCAGCCGGCGAGUACAAGGGCAAAGGCUCGCUGGAACUCUACGGCCUGGGUGCCGAGCCCACGCGCAGCAUUAACUCGAGCGAUAGCCGCACGACGCGCAAUCCACAAGCGUGCUACCAGAACCGCCAGACGGCGAGUAGCUCCAAGCUCCUUGCUGUGGCGCCGCAUGGCACGCGCAUCGUUUUCUCCGACGGCGACGGGAAUCUCAAAUGGGUGGAGCGCGACGGCUCCACGCCCGUCCGCCAGUUCAACAUUAAUCCCCAACCUGUCCCUUCCCAAGAGCAAACGAUGACGAACCCGCUCCAGGGCGAUGUUGAGGGCGAUAUCGUUCAGAAAAUCUUGCCGACGACAAGGUCUGGUGGUGUGAAGAACGAUCUCGUGCUCUGGACGGGCGAUGGCAAGCUAGGCAUGUUGGGCUUUGGGCGCGAAGCGCCGUUUGAUGAAGAUGUGUUUGAGGAUGCGCUGGAGCAGCAGGGGGAGAAGGUAAGGGAGAGGGAGUAUGGGGAGGGGAUGAGGAGGGCUUUGGAGAUGCAGGCGAGGGAGCUGAGGUGGUUGAGGGGUUAUGGACUGUGA